CGUUGCGUCCAUAGAUGGCGGAAGAGCCAGCUGAUCAUCAAGGGAGGAUGAAAGAAGGCGAGGAGGAGAGAGAGGUUCGGCACAGAGGCGUGAGGAAGAGACCUUGGGGGAAGUUCGCCGCCGAGAUUCGGGACUCCACCAGGCACGGAGCUCGGCUGUGGCUGGGUACUUUCAAUACUGCAGAGGAGGCGGCCAGAGCUUAUGAUCGGGCUGCCUACGCAAUGAGGGGUCCUUUGGCCAUCCUCAAUUUCCCAGAUGAAUAUAAAUUGCCACGCCAUGACUGUCUGUCGUCGAGCUACUCUUCCUCUGUGCUGGGGUCAUCGUCGUCUUCUGAGUACGAGAGUGCAAAGAGUGGGAACGGGAAACAAAUUAUUGAAUUGGAGUGCCUGGAUGAUAAGCUGUUGGAGGACCUCCUUGAUUUCGAGGGGAAGAACAAGAAACAGUAGUAGUUUAGUUUUGAACGCAACUGUUUUUAGGGCUAAAAUCCUGAGACCCAGAACCCAAAUAUGGUUCCACUUCAGCAAGUGUUCUUCUCUGGAAUGCUAUUAGUCUAAGUAGUUCUGAAAGGGGAUUGAUUGUUGGAGAGUGAUAUUUUUCAGUUUCUUCAAAUCUAGGAUGAUGUAAUGUUUGUCAAUGUAAAAGAAAAAAAAAA